CUCCUUCCCUAAAUCCGUCCAUGCAACAGUAGUGCAUCCCACCCGACCCAUUCCCGUAGUAUUAGGGGGCAUGGAGUAAUCCCCAUCAUCAUUCCAACUCCGACUACCAAGGCUUCCUGCCGGUUAGAAACGCAGCCUUCUUUGGAGUUUCCCCACCGUUCGUCCAAUCCACCGCCACCGGCCGCUGUCCGUUGCUACUGUCGACCGCCCUACUUAGCCAGUCUUUUUGAAGGAAGCAUGCUUGGUUUUGCAACCAUCAGGAUGGUGCAACUGUUGCACGGUAUAAAUUGCCUCAAAAUAGGUAUUUCACCGGCCCAACCUCUCAAAACUGCGAGCAAUUCACCGGCAGCCAUGGAGGCUGAGACUCCCUGUUUAUCGCCGUCAUCUGUACUUUCCUCCUUCCGUAUUGUUAUCGUGGGGGACAUCCACGAGGAUUGGGAAUCAGCACAUGACUUCCGGGCACUUCAGCAUUUACAGCCGAAUCUAGUGCUCUUCACCGGCGACUUCGGCAAUGAGAAUGUCGAGCUUGUUAGGGCUAUCGCGGCGGGGAUUAACAUUCCCAAAGCAGCAAUACUUGGAAACCACGAUUCGUGGUCGACUUCCAAGUUCACUAAGAAGACAAAGGACGGAGUUCAGCUUCAGCUGGAAUGCUUUGGUGAACAGCACGUCGGAUACGCUCACCUGGACUUCCCUGCAUUCCAGCUUAGGGUUGUAGGCGGGAGACCUUUUUCCUGUGGAGGCGAUCAGUUGUUCAGGAAGAAGCUUAUAACUGCAAGAUAUGGAGUCCAUAAUAUGGAAGAAAGUGCACAGAAAAUACACAAGGCUGCUAUAGGAACUCCAAACGAGCACUCUAUUAUAUUUCUUGCUCAUAACGGACCAUCAGGUCUAGGUUCUAAUAUCGAUGACAUUUGCGGCAGAGACUGGGAGUGUGAGGGAGGUGACCACGGGGAUCCAGAUUUAGCUCAAGCGAUAUCUCUGGUAAAAGAAACCACCAAUCAUCACGUACCGUUGGUUGUUUUCGGGCACAUGCAUAGCGAACUGGCAAAAGGAGGGUUCCGGAAGAUGAUACACAUUGAUGCUGACAAUACCAUGUAUCUGAAUGCUGCCAUUGUUCCAAGGGUGAAACAUCCUGACAAUGGAGGUUCAAUCCGGGCCUUCACUGUGGUGGAAUUUGAAGAUCGUAAAAUAACCAAAGUGGCUGAAACUUGGGUGUCUGUCAUUGAAGAAAAGACAUCUCUGCACGAAGAGCGUCUAAUGUUUAGCAGCAAUAGUGCAGUCAUCUAGAUGACAACUUAAUUGGCAUUAGCGGGAGCACAUAUUUCUAGAUAGGUUGAGGUUUUAACUUUUACAUAACCCCUGUGUGGGGUCCAAAUGUGGUGUUAGGUACUGUGGACUGCAGCAAGUGUAGGCGUGUAGCUCAUGGAAUGAUAUCAUUAGGCUAUUUAAUGUUACCUACCUCAAUUUUUUCUUGUGUCCAUUUGUUUAUGAUGAUCUUCAAAUUAGUUUUAUUUGACCAUUACUUAGGAAAGUUACUGGAUUGCAUGGGAUUAUUUUGCCUGAUUUAUUGUAGGCCGUGUGAUUAUGUAUGGGGGCUUCCGGUUUACAUUACAGAAAUAAGAAUUUUUCUUUCAGGGUA